UAUGCGCUGACCCAUAAAGGUCACUGAAUGCAGCAAUAUGAACGAUUCAUUGCAGUCUUACAUUGCUCAACAUCCUAUUGAAUGUAUGUUCUUCAGUGAGUUCCAUCAUUUGCAAGGACCCAAGAUAACUUAUCAGUAUCCUGAUGGAUAUUUUAACCAACAAGAAGGAUUAUUUGAAGAAGUUACGAAUUAUAUCAUUCCUAAACCAGAAUUACAAGAGAAAUUGACAACUGUGAAUGUAGGGAAAAAGAAAGUGAUUGGAUGUCCAGUAUGUAUCGAGGGAUCUCAUUAUCCAAGAAAUAAUUUCAUCUUUAACUUUGGUCUGGUGCUCGAUAGUAAUCAUAAGAGUUCUCCUUGUAUUCCAAUGAUCAAACAACUCUCAAAAUAUAUGUCAGAACUUGAGAAGGAGAAUGGCUUCGUUUCUAAUGAAGAGACUAGAGAAAUGAUUCCAAAUAUUCUGCGCGAUAUGCUUGAAGAACUAAAUACAAAAGGAAGUUGCUGCACCAGGGUUAAUGAUAACACAACUUUAUUUUUAAAAGUAUUUCCCCCCACAACCCUUCCUCCCGUAGUAAAAGAUCAUGAUGUGCCGAUACUGAUGGUAUCGAUAGAUGAAUUCAUGCCAGGAGGUUGGGAUUUGACCACAGAAAGGAUUCUUCCAUUCAUUGAUGGAUUUCGUCAUGUUCAGAAGAUCGCAUAUUUAGCUGAUGUUGAUCCAAGGUUGACAAGAACUUGCAUCAGGGAUCUUGCAUUUUACAGAAUUGUCGAAUUGAUUUCUAUAUUUCAAUAUUCCAAUACUUAUGUGACAACAUCAAAUUUGUCGAGGUUGAUGUCUGAUAAAGCUCUUCAGACUGAAUGUAUUCAAUAUGUAUCUAGACCUGGACAUCCAAAACCAACACUGAAUGAUAUUCUUGCGAUUUCUUGUGGUUUAACUCCCGGUGUAACUGUUGAUAACUUAUGUAGUCGACAUCAGAAGGAAUUGAAUAAAGUUAAUGAACAAAAAUUAAUUCAGUUUGGACUCAUUAACAAAUUAAUUCGAAGAAUCCACGUUUAUCCUGUGAAAACCAGCAAAUCCGAGUGUAUUGAAGAGGAGUUCCAUCGUUACUGCACUGGGGAAUUCAGUACAGAUGAAAUUUGCUGCAAAACCGGACUGAGUUUUCGUGAAUUAUCGUCAAGGAUUGACCAAGAUCCGUGUAUAAGCGUCUGUAUGAAGUGAAUGUAAAAGAAAGAUAGUACAACCGAGGGUAGUUGCGUGAAGAAUGCAAUCCACGCCAGCCUUCUCAAAUGCUCGCACUUGAAGCGACCUUUCUAUCUCUUGCAAUCCAACAUCAUCCGCAUAAUUGACGGUUUCUGGUCGAAAACCUGGGGAGCUCAAACGAUGUUGUGCAUCGAUGUUUAAAGUUUAGACUCGACAGACCUGUAGACCGGAGAGAGUGUGGUCUACAGAUGCGUGCUUCUGUGGCUGGCUGUUAAAUUUGUAAAAUAUGAUUCACUUUCCUUAUUUUAUUUAGUGUAUUCGUAUCUUAAAUCGAUUUAAAAGUUAUUUUACAUCUUGUGUGUUUAUUUUGACAUGUUUUUGGGGUUGGUCGCGUGCAAUUUGAGUUCAUUUUUAACUUUAUCGCGAGUUAUGCUCGCGUUUCUCUACAUUUUGUUUGUCCGUUUGUUGCAUGCCAGAGCAGCCAAAAUAAAAUUGAUUAUUGAAA